AUGGUUUCAAAACCCAUUGAAGAUUCCUUCCAUAUCCUGGAAAGAGAACAAGUUGAUUUAAAGGUGAUGAGAGGACUUUGUGCAAAUGGGAUUCCAUUUAAUGUUUUGCGAAAUCCUCAAUUUGUGGAGAUGGUAACAGCAAUUAACAGAGGCCCAAAAGGUUACAAAGCUCCAUCUUUUGAAAAGGCAAGAACUGUCUUGUUAGAUGAAUGUAAAAGAAAUGUGGAGAAAGACUUGAGUCCAAUCCAAGACACUUGGUACAGCCAAGGUGUCUCUAUUGUAUCAGAUGGGUGGACAAAUGUCAAGCACAAGCCAUUGAUAAAUGUUCUUGCCGUCAACUCUAGAGGAGCAAUGUUCAUGUAUGCUGAAGACUUCUCUGGAGUUGAAAAAAUAGGUUCUGCUAUAGCUAAGUUUCUACUCAAGGCGAUUGAAGAAAUUGGACCAUCAAAUGUUCUUCAAGUGGUGACCGACAAUGCAACAAAUUGCAAAGCAGCUGGACAUGAAAUUGAGAAGAAUGGGAAAGCCAUUGUCAAAUAUAUGAACAACCACACACAAUCCUUGGCAAUGUUUAGAGCUAAUUCAACACUUGAAUUGUUAAAAGUUGCCAAGACUAGAUUUGCUUCACAUUAUGUGCUACUAAAGAGGCUACUUGAUUGUAAAGAUGCUUUAAUCACCAUUGUUGUUCGAGAUGCAUGGAAAGAAUGGGUAAAACAAGGAGAUGAAUGCACAAGAACAAAGGGAUCUAUGGUUGCUGAAAUAAUUCGAAGUGAAGAAUUUUGGGAGGAGGUUAAAAAUAUAAUUCAGAUUAUAAAACCAAUUUACUUGUUGAUCAAAUUUUGUGAUGGUGAAGGCCCAAAGAUGGGGGAGUUCUAUGAAAAAAUGGAUACGAUGCUGGGAGAAAUAAAAGACAUAAUGGGCAGCAACAAAUAUGCAGAUUGUUACCCCAAAAUGGAAAGCAUCAUUAUAAAAGGUGGACCAAAAUGA